AUGCGAGUCACACACGUAUUGACGUGGUCAGACAGCACAUGCUGAUAAGAUGGGCAAAAGAUAGGAAAAAAAAGAAGAAGCCGCAGCCAUGGCCACUACAGCUCCUUCCCCACGCCAUUUCGUAUAACUACCAUUAGAUUUUCUAUUUUAGAAAAAAAAAUACGUUUAAUAGUCGUCAGUAAAAGAAGAACUAUUUGCUCAUAAUAAAUUUUUCUUUUGACUGCCCUUUUCAAGAAGAUUUUGAAGGUUUCCUGGUUUUUAAUCAUAAAAAGUGGAAGUGUGAGUUUCGUGUUGACUUUUUGAAAUGAAAACUACACGGAGGUCCGCAGAGUUGGCUCAAUUUGACGGUGGUUGAAGGACUUGCAAGGCGACGUCGCAGCAGAGAAUCAGUCUGGCGAGCCGUGGUCGCAUCGCCCGAGUGCCACCGAUGGUGGGGCCGCCGACGAAUGGUGCCUUGCGACUCGAACCUCUAAGAUAUUUUGAAAACGUCGUCGCUCGUUUACCUGGAGACGCGGAAGGAUGCUUUACAGAAAAGGUAUUCAAGUUUUCUUCAUGCUCACUUUUCAGAUUUCUCUAAAUCGCAAAUAUUCAGUGACGUCAUCGUUUUUUAAAAUUCUUCGUAAAAACGAAAAAAGCAGAAUUUUACCGAAAAAUAGGCUUACUCGAAAAAGCAAUGCUCUUAAGUCAACUCGCGGCUCAGUUCAGUUGAAAAAAAAAUUGAUAUUGCCCAUAGACAUUUUUUUCUAUAAGGUCUUCAGAAAAUAGGCCCGUUUUCGUUUUAAACUGAGAAAAUAGAAUCUCUAAAGCGAUUUUUAAAAAGGUUGCGCGUAGCCAUCAAGGAUUUCUAUCGACCUCUCUAGGGAGUGCUGCGAAAAUUUAUAUAAUAAUCCAAACUUCUUACCGAUCCUUUUUUUAAACUAAUUCCUCCAGUUUCGAAUUUUACAGAAAAGCAAAAAGUCCGAUGAUUUCAUGGGAGGCUCUCGUUCAGAGAACGAAGCUCUUCCGCGAGUCAACUAUCUCAGAAACCCAACUCGAGGUCAGCGGAAAACCUUGUUGACUGAAAAGUGAGCAAUCUUUUUUUCUCUGUAUACGGUUACAUAGAAAUUUCCUGCCGGCGGUCAACUCGAUCGACAAGAACAAGACUUCCAACGGGCAACCUGCCAAGUUCUUCAACACUUACCGCAAAUCUCACGAGGUUCCCACUAACAAGAAGACUUAGAAGCGAAUAGAUUUCCAGAAAGCAUCGAAAUCACCUUCUGUUUCGCUUUCGACGACGUCUUCUCUUUCUAGAAAGCUACGCAAUCCAAAGAAGCUUACUACUUUUUCAACUCAAACACAAGUAUCAAUUUUUAUUGAAAAAACUUGAAACACAAACUUUUUUUUCGACUCAGCAAGAGCCUGAUAAAGUCGAUGAAAACUUGGUACGGGAGCUGGUCAACUCUUCGAUUAGAAUUGCUCUCACGCAGAUUGAGGUAGUGAAGUUCUUCCGUUUCCAUACUACUCUUCAGAUGUGUUUGCAGUUGGAAAGCGCCGCUCGCGAAGUCGAAGUUUUGGAAGAUCUUCUCAACCAACAAAGGGUUCAGAUACAAGAAAACGAUCUAUGGGCUGAAAAAAUUUUGUAUAAGGUUUGUUUUUUUAUUCCUAGAACUUGUACAUAUUUUCCGAUUGCUCAUUUUUUGACGGAAGCUCCUCAACCGUUCGCGAUGCCAUUUUCGAUAGAAAAUUUCAGAUGAAGGCUCUGGAAGGUAUGAUAAGAGAAGCGACGGAGAUGAAAGAAAUGAGAGCAGUCGUGCAGGAAACCUGUCAGCAGGUGAUUUGCCUUCUCCUGAAACUUAUCUCGCCGUUAACCUUUUUUCGAAAUGAGUUAGUUGCUAUAGCCUGUGUACCACGACUUGGAAUUUCACCAAACGACAUUCCGCUGUGCCGCUGCGCGCCUUGGCGAACCUUGAUUGCGAUUUUAUUUUAUUAUUCUUUUUUAAGGUACUCUACUUUCAUGUGCUCCCACAGCAAUAACAAUCAAUCGAAAGCGUGACCUGGAUUCGAAAGACGCUUCGCGAACGCACCCAGCGGAACAGCGGAAUGUCGUUCCGUGAAAUUGCAAGUCAUGGCACACAAACUAUAUUCUUUCUACUGUGUCGAAACUGUUUCCGGAAAAGCUACUUUGAAAAGAGUUUCGAGUCUAGCCAGUAUUUUUUCGGUAGCAGAAAAUAAGCAAAAAGAAGAUGUAGGUGACGACAAACUCCUUGGCGAACGUUUGUCUGCUGGAUGGACAGCCUAAAAGAAGCAUCGGUAUGGGCACUCGUUCUGUCGGGAACACGAGACGUCAGCUGCAGCUCUUCGCCUCAGGUACCUCAGCCUCGGGAUCUCCAUCGAGUCUUUCCGCAGAACUCGAGAACGACUUCUUUCCUUGGAUCUUCCGACAGGCCGAAAUCCUCUACAUGAAACGCAAGAACAGAGGGCAUACGCAGUAAAGUGCUUGAAAUUUUUUUACGACUCACUUUUGGAGAACUUUUACCAGUUAUGUAGAAUAUCAUUCAAAUAUUUUAUCCAACUUAUUUCAGACUUUUCAAAGAAUUGAGUCGAAAAAAAGGCGUCAUAUUUCCACCGAAUUCUUAG